CCUACUAGUCCAGGUCGUCAUAUUUUAAAUUGUUAUACCUGGCGCCCUUUGGGCACACUCAGGGAUCGUGUUGUAGAAUACUUUUUGGGAGGCAGUCAGCAAAUUAAGUAUCCAGAUUUAAUAUUCUCCCCCGAAAAAAGAUAUAAAUUAUCUACCGAAGCUAUGGGUGUAGUUACAUUCGAGUUGGACCUUAUUCUCAGAAAUUUUAAUAAUUAUGGAAUAGAGUAUUGAGUUCGAACAUCGUUUGAAAAGAUAGCAAAAUGUAUGGCUUUUUGGUAUUACUAAUUUUCUUAAGUGCCAAUAUUCCAUAUGGAAGUACUAUAGAAAGUCUAGAUGACCAAGACGCGGUACGAUCAGUAACGAUGACAAAUACCGAGACCACCACUACAGAAUUAUCUAAUAUAACUACAACUGUUAAUACAUGUGAAUCAAAUGACACAAACUGCUCCACUACUCCAAGUUUUGAGAAUUCAACACUCGAAACGUCACUUGAUAGUGAAAAUGACACUAGAAGCACUAGACAAGCGGAUAAAAUGCCAAGACUUAAGACUGACCAAGAAACGCAUAGCUGUACUUGCAAUUUGAAGAUUAAUAUUUGCGAUAUUAAUUGCUGUUGUGAUCCUGACUGCCAGCAAGCUGACAAAGCUGUCUUUGCAUACUGCACCGUAGAGGAGAAUUACUUUUAUGAUACUAGAUAUUGCCACUAUAUUCAGUAUAUUUAUGUAAAUAACAGUCAAGUAGAGUGGCACGUUAAACAGGAAGGAAUGUUUUGCGUUGUAAGCAAGAAUAUGCCUAAGUCGUACUUGGUUCAAAAAGAUAAACCAAUCAAGUCUUUUGAUGCCACUCGGAAAGAAAUAAUUGGAAAAGCCUUUUGGUCUGGUGACAAUUUUACCCCAAAUAUAAACGAUAAUAUUCCUAAGAUUUUAAAGCAUUACAAAUAUGGUGAUCCUAUUAUAGUUAUUAAAAAUAGUUCCAUCAUCGCCCAUUUCAGUUUACCAAACAGUUUUACUAGCGAGAAAUGUGUUUUUGAGGACGAGGUAUUUUACUUGAAAAAUACAAAAUUCACAUGUAGUCAAACAGUUAUAGAAGAUGAGAACCAAAGAUUAAAUUUUUCAACGUACUAUAAAAAUAUUAAGAUAAUAAAUUCGCAAGGAUUAUUAAAUUUAUCACAAAAAUAUAUCUACAAGUUUUGUCCAAGAAAUGUAUGUAUUGAAAUUGAACCACAAAUAUGUGAUGCCCAAUUGGACAAAUGUAUAAAAAUUGAUAGAAAUAUUAGUUUUAAAGCUCAAUGUACCUAUAACUUUAAAGAAAAUAUAAAUGUCUGCAAAAACUUGGUCGAGAAAAUUCAUUAUAAUUUCUAUCACAAUGGAUCUAAAGGCAUACACAAAAUAGAAGUGCUGGGAGUUUUGAAGAAUAUCAGUUAUCAUUUUGGAAUUGACAGUUUCAAACAUGUCCAAGAGUUUUCUGUAGAGUUUUUGUGGAUGAAUGAAACAAGAAACUAUUCCAAAAUUCUCAGUGGAAAUCCUGGAUAUAUUGAUGGAAAACCUAUAUUAAUUGGUAGUAAAAUCAUUAAAGAGAAUAAUACGUUUAUACAACGAAAUUCUAGUGCGUUUAUAGAAAACUUCUUAACUUUUGCUAAAAAUGUGGGCAAUAAAUGUAUAAGAAAUAGCACUUACAAUGAUCCGAUAUAUUUCGGUUAUAACACCAUAAUGAAAUGCAAGAUGUCAAAGAAGUUAUCCUUCAGCACGAAACAACAAAAUGCGACAACUGCAUGUCAAGAAAUCCAAAGAAUAAUUUUUAUGUCGUGGAACAUUAAACAAGAAGUCAAUAAAUCCCUGGUAAUUGGACAGUUUGGCAAUGCAGAUCCAUCAAAAGAAGAAAAUUGGAGCGAAGUGUUGUACAGAAUUAAUCCAAAAACACUUCUGGAUUUGAAUAAAGGGAAUUUUAUGAACAAAAACAGGACUCUAGUUUGCCAAAAUAUUUCUACACUAGUCGAUGUCGAUAUUUUGUUUGCUAAAGUCGAUUUCGGCAAUUUGUUAAAUCAAAAGAAAAUUUUAGGGACCAGUUACAGUUUCAAAGAUAUCGAUAGUUUUAAAGUGCCUAUAAUUAAAAAUAAGGAUAGCUUUCAGUUUGAUUUUGUUGUGGAAUUGGUUAGUCGUGUUAGUUUUUUCGAUAUUACGAACAAAAAAGAGAAGAAGUUUGUGGAGCCCCCUAGUAUCGAUAUUCGCUUGCCUUAUGACUUCUUCUACCCGUUUAUUAGGGUUCAUAACGGAGCGGAAAAAGAUACAGGAGGGUGGCUAUUGAUAAUGUUAGUCUUGUAUUUGAACUGUAUAGUUUAAUAAUAAAAGUGCACUUAUUUUCUGUA